UACCUAGUUAUAGUGCGUGCAUACAUACAUACGCACAUACGUACCUGCAGUUCAAACAUACACACAGAUAACAUACCAUACCAACCCCCUAGGGACAAAAGAGCCCAGUAGGGCUAGCCCGCCAACUCGACAUCACAAAGUCGCGGGGGCAGAAUAAUAACGCAGGUUAGAAAAAAAAAGGAGGCGGGAGUAAUGAUCCCAGAACCUCCCCCGAACCCCGGCGCCGCACCUUCGGCGUCGGGGGACUCGGCGAACCUGGAGUCCUAUAUCCAACACACGCGCAGGCCCCCACCAGUCAUGAUGAUGACCUGGGGACCGCCGCCGUACGCCGCGAUACCAGCGGCGGCAACGCGCCCGAUCCUGCGGAAGGGCCGCACGAACAGGAUACUGCUGUACAACGGGUGCUUCAACCCGCCGCACCGCGGGCACCUCGCGCACCUGCGGCACGCGUUCCGGUACGCCGGCGCGGACCUAAACGUCGUGGGCGCGGUCAUCCUGGUUGCCGGGGACGAGUACCUGAGGUGGAAGCUCGGGCGGGACAGCGGUGCGGGUCUGAAACUAGACGAGGGGGAUAGGAUGGUGUUGUGGGAGGAGGGGUUACAGGAGGAAGGGAUUAACUGGUGCUGGGUUUUCGCGGAAAACGACUGGAUGCGCGCCGUGGAGAUACUAGAGCGGAAGUUUGAAGAAGACGGGUUCGACGUCGAGUUCGUGCACCUAGCGGGCGGCGACAAGGUGAGCUUGAAUUUCGUCCAGCGCGGGGUCUGGGGAUGUCAGAUGGCGAUCACAACGGAUAUCAGUCGACCGGUCGACUUCUACGAUUCUAACCCCGGAACCACGAAUUCGAUGCCGAAGAAUCUGCGGAAUCAUACCCAGUGGGAGCGCGUGUCGCAAUGGCCCGAGGAAGAAGCGCGGAUUCGGGGGGUAUUAGAGAGGGAGAAGGAGAAGUUGCUGGGGCCAUUUGACGAACUUCCCCGGACAAAACCGAGCUACCGCGCGCAGACUCCCGUUCGGCCUGUCUAUACGUGCAGGAGCGUUAACCAGCACUAUACAAACACCGUCUACACAUUGCGCUUCGUCAGCUCCGCUCCCGCAGAGCGUCUAGACCCGACGCUUAGCUCGACGAACGUGCGGGCGAUCAUCAACGAAGCGCAAGCCCGUACCCGCGACGCCGACGCCCAGACACAGGUAGACGAGCUCGCGGGUCGGCUCAGAGGCGUGGCGCUGUGUCCGGAGUUGUUGGCAGAAUCAGAAGGAUAAUACGUGGCCAUGGAGAGGAGCUAUCGGGAACCCUUGCCUCUGGAGAACGUGAGAUCUGGAGUCUCAGUACCUACUUAGGUAGUUACUCGAACUGUUUACUUUCUUUAGAGUGUGAACUUAACAUGCUCCUCCACUGUUGAGGGCUGCAAUAUAACGACGAUUUCCCCCAUUGGCCCCACGGUAGCAUAGGAGCAAAUACA